AUGAUUGAAGCCAAACACAAGGAUUUGGCGCUGAAGAUUGAUCAUCAAUGUAAAUUGUUGGAGCUUAUCCUGUUGAAUGGCGGGAUCAAGGCCAAAUCGAAGGACACCCUUCCUUCGGGCACGUCCUCGCGCAUACUGGGCAGCCGACGCCCGUCGGCUUCACCAGCUACGAGUCGGGGACUGGGCAUGCCACGUGAACUGAGGGAAAGCAAGGAGCGCCAGGAGCUCCCGGCGGAUCUUCCCAAAGAGCCCCCGAAGGAGGAGCCCCCUGCGCAGCCCGCGGCACCAGAGUCGAAGGCUGAGCACAGCAGCCGUCGCUCGAGUGCCAAGAGCGAGCGGGCCUUGGCGAUCGAAGCGCGGGCGAAGAAGAAGCGCCCCAGUUUCACACCUCAGUUGUUUAAGACAUUUUCCCAGACUGACUUGACAAAGAAAAAGAAGGCCCAUGCCGCAUCCAUGCGCCGUUCCGCCUCGAUGGACACCGGUAACACAGCCAUCGUGGAGGAGAAGCCACCCAACUGGGCGAAAAGGCUGGUGACCCGUUCUGCGUUUGAUCUGGCAUUUACCUUGGUGGUCGUCACCAACAGCAUCUUCAUCGGUGUGGAACUGCAACUGUCCGUCUCCGAACCGAACGCUACGCACACCGGUGUGCAGAUCGUUCAGCAUGUCUACACGGCACUUUUCACCAUCGAGCUCUGGAUUCGCAUCUGCGCCGAUGGCUGCGGCUUGUUUUGGGGCGACGACUGGACCUGGGGCUGGCUGGACUUGUUCAUCGUGGUUUUCUCCCUCUGGGAGGUUGGUGUGGACGUCCUCUAUGCCUUGGUGUGGACGGAGUCUACGGGUGGAAGCUGGUCGGGUUUUUCGAAUCUCAAGGCCUUUCGGAUCAUCCGCAUCACGCGGCUCGUGAAGGCCGUGCGCCUGGCGCGGAUCUUUCGCUUUGUCAUGGCCUUUCGACUGCUGAUCUCCUCGAUUCUGCACACCUUGAAGUCAUUGUUUUGGGCCUUGAUGCUACUGGUGCUCAUCAUCUAUGUGUUUGCAGUGCUCUUUACCCAAGCGGUGAACGAUCACCUUACAGAUCCGGAUGUGAAAUACGAUGUGCUUUUUGAGAAGGCCAGUGAGGAGUAUUUCGCCGGGCUGCCCGUGACGAUGUUGAGCCUCUUCAUGAGUAUUUCUGGUGGGGUGAGUUGGGAGAAUGUCAUCGCACCUCUGAAAGAAGUCUCUCUGGUUUGGGUUGUGGUCUACCUCUUCUACAUCAGUUUCACCUAUUUUGCUGUCCUCAAUGUGGUGACAGCAGUUUUCUGUCAAUCAGCAAUUGACGGAGCGCAAAACGACCACGCAUCGAAAGUGCAUGCGAUCCUCGCGAACAAGGAACAGCACCUGACGAAGAUCUCGACGCUUUUCCAGAAGUUUGGAGCGGAAGGUGGAGUGAUUACCUUUGAGCAGUUCCAAAAGAAUCUCAAAGCCGCAGAGGUCCGGGAAUAUUUCCAGACUUUGGGCUUGGAUGUUUGGGACGCUUGGUCCUUCUUCAAGCUCCUGGAUGAAGAUGGCGGGGGCGAAGUCGAGAUUGAGGAAUUCCUAAUGGGUUGCCUCCGAUUACGAGGGCAAGCCACUGCUAUGGAUGUUGGGAAAAUCAUCAACGACCAGACUUGGCAGAUCAAAAAUCAAGGCAAAUUUCAAGCUUAUGUGGAAGUGGAACUCAAACAACUGAAGGAACACUUGUCCAUUCUGACAGGUGUGAACAUCAGCUCGGAUGAACACAUUGGGCUGAUCUUUGGUGACCGCGACCAGGGUGUCGGCAAGACUCGCUCCAUUGACUGUGUCCCAGCGCCGGAAGAGGAGUACGAGGAAAGGGUCAGCAACACCCCUGGCUAUUGCUACGACAAGGCCUCUGGAAUGGAUAUCCAUGCCCAGCCGUUGUUGCCUGGUGUCGCCGAUGUGGCCACGGCGAGUUCCUUGAUCUCUGCAUGUGUUUUUCGCUGCAAGACCUGGAAGACCUAUCCCUACAAAUACCAGACCCACAGCAGCAGCUCCCCACCGGUCACCGGGCUGGCACCACAUCAUCCACGCUUAGAUCAUCGCGUCUUCUAUCCCUUUGAGAUGACCAGCAAGAGCGACAUCUGCAGCGCGUAUUGCAUCAUGGAUCACAACCCCUACUGCUACAGUGUGGAGGGCUUUAUGCAGCGCAUGGUGCAGCGGCUCCUGGAAGGCGAGGCUUCGGUGCUGGCACUCUUUGCCUCGAACCCCUUUCCUGCAGGGCCACCGGCACAAGUGCGCGUGGUGAUGUUUGCAGUGACUCCCACCAGCAUGGAGGAUCACAGGGCCACUGGGUGCCUUGGAAGUCGAUGGAUGAAGGGCGCCGGCCCUGAAUCUCGCCAAACCGAAGAGCUGCUGGCGCGGUGCGGGGCCCUGCUUGACGCACGGCAGAUCUCAGCUGCGCGGCGAGUUUUCCAGGCGUUGCCAAAGUCAAAGCUGUCAGAUGCCACGGUGUCUGCACUGCGAAGUCGUUGCGCCGCAGUAGAAACGAAGGCGAAAGAGAGAGCCAUAGAAGCACUGGAAACUUGUGCUUCUGGCAAGGGCCCUCCCAUCGAGGCGUUUCUUUCCCUGUUCUGUGCUGGUGUCGAAGAUUGCAGCCUUUGGGCCAAAGUGACAGAUGCCUUGGCCCGGAGCCUGGGGAAGUUUGGGACCAUGCUGUUGGAGGUGGGUGCCAUCCACAGCAAUAGCAUUCUUUUAGUGGAGCGUCCAAUCUCCGAGCUUCGGCAGGUGCUGCUGUUCCGAGCCGGUGCCCUGGCUGAAUGGCACAGCCUACCUGCUGCCUAUGAUGCUGCAAUGGCACAGGUGGGGCAGGGCCAAGCACAGGUCACCAGGGUUCUGUGUGGAGCCGGCUGGCUCCAGGGAGCUGCAGCAACCUUCAAAGCUGAGAUGUGGCCUGCGGUGUGUGAGGGCGAUCGGUUGGAGCUUGGACCCAACCAGCCUGACUCAGCUGCACCACCAAGAAAUCAGGACUGGCCACCUGUCAGGUGUGCUCCAGAGCUGCUACAAGGCACCUUGCCAGCCAUCUCCCUGGAGGAUGCUUUGGGUCCAGCUGGAGCCCCGGCCGUGGUGAAGGAUGCGCAGCUCUUGCACGGCGCCCUGCAGCGCUGGAGCCUGGACUUCUUUCUGGACACUGUGCCCUCCGGCGACGAGGCAUCUCUGUUCUCGGUGUACCGGGCCGCCGAGCCAAAGCGCUGCUUCCGCUAUGCGGGAGCCAGGGAGGGAAGCGAUGAGGAAGAGGCAAAGUACAGCUUAGAGUCGGAGGAAUGCGCGGAACGGCUGCUCAUGGACUUUCCUGAGUUCGCUCGACGCAAGCUGGCUGCCGCAGGUGAAGCCGGUGAAGCCGAGUCGCCGGACGGCUUCGCCUACUACCUCUGGGGCGUGGCCCUGCGUCGUUCCGGCGAGAGCUUCGAGGGGUUCAACCUGGGCACAGCGGUGGAUGAGGACCUCAUGGAGGCAGAGACCUGGGCGAAGCUGCGGCAGUUGCAAGCAGCUCGCGGCUGGGGCGACUUUGAACAGGCACAAAUCUUCCUGGGAUGCAGAGAUGCGCUGACUCCAUGUCACUACGAUUUGCUUCACAAUGCCUAUGUUCAGGUGAAGGGUUGGAAGCGCUUCCUGCUCCUGGACCCCUGCCAUGGCUAUGACCUCUACCCCUAUCCCCAGGGGCAUCCGAUGGACCGCUGCGCCCGGGCAGAUCUGGAAGACCCUGACCUGGUGCGGUUCCCGCGGCUGGCGCGGGUGCGGGCCCUGGAGGCAACGCUGGGCCCAGGAGAUGUGCUCGUCCUGCCGUGUGGCUGGUGGCACCAUGUGCAGUCGCUCACUGAAGAUUCGAUCUCCGUGAGCUUUUGGUUCUCUCAGAACUCCUCCGUUGACCGACCUUUGGAUCCCCUAAGCUCCCUGCAGCGGCUGCUGCUCUGCCGAGAGCUGGAGCAAGUGCUGCUGCUGCUGCGGGGCAAGGGCGGGCUACGUGGAGCAUAUGGGACCAUCCGACAGAUGUUGGAGGAGGAAGUGAAGGAAGUGAAGGGUGAUCCACAGGAAGUUUUAUGUUGCGCGUGGCUCUUGUGGCGCCUGCACAGCGCUUUGGGACUCUCUGCGCGCGAGCUGGUGAGGGAGUUGGUUGAUGAUGCCCGAUUUGAUGGGCUGACGUUUCAGCGGAAAAAGCUGCACUGGUGGUACGUGCAAGAGAUGUGCGAGGUGAUCCCAGCACGUCUCUUGGCGAUGGAAAGACAAGGCAAGAGCGACCCAGGCCUGUGGACGCGUUGGGUUCCGGCGCCGGAGUGUUUCCACCCAGAGCACGAUAUCUGGAGAAAUCGCAGCCCAACGGUCGAGGCCUUGUCCGCGUCGCCAGAGAUCCACUGGUCCAACGUGGACACCGCCCCCUGUGGUGAUGGCAUUUCGGUGGCCGAGGUGGAAUCCUUUUGGAACGACUUCAUCAUGGCAGCUCAGAAGUCGCGAGGUGACUGGCCCAGCCUACGGAAGAGGUCCCAGGCAAUGGCCGAAAGAUUCGGGAGAGAGAAGCUGGCACUCUACGAGCGAAUCCUGGGGCGCUAUGUCCUUCUCUUGAGGCGAAAGGUGUCGCAGGAAGCCAUCACCAAGUUGGGCUUGGACAAUUUGUUGUGCAAUUGGCGCUUGCAUUUGCUUUUCCAUGACGUGAUUGCAGAAGGCAAAGCAGCCUACGUUGAAACGCUGAAGAACACCCAAGACUCCUUGCUCUACAGGCUUCAGCACAUUGGCGAGGCCACGAUGUUGGAUUUGGUGGGCCUCUUGCGGCCUGACGAUUUGCUCUUUGAGGACAUGAAGUUCCGCUACAUCCGCGAGCUGAAACAGCGGCCCGAUCGCCGCGGUUUCAUCCAGAAAACGGUGGAAAACGACAAAGGCGGUUUCUACUCCAUGCUGAACUGGUUGCUGGCGCAACCUGCGAUGGCACCCUUAUGGCUGCCCAAGGCCCACCUCCUCGACUCGGGUGCCUGGCUUGUCACGGGAUACCAGGCAAAAAGACGUGACCUGCAGACUUUUACUGAGCCGAAGUAUGUGGAUACGCAGGUGCAGGGUAAACCCUUGAUGGGUAGUGUCAUGUUUUAAUGAUUUGAAUGUGUAGAAAUUUGUUGCCAUACAUGGGAACAUGCUCGCGGUACUAGCCAGUUUGUUUUGGAGGCUAUCUCAGAUCGUCCUGGUGUGCCCAUUCCCCCUGUGUUACCCAACUAGG